ACGGUAUGAGUAACCACUCUGUCCUGUCUAGAGAUGCCCUUCCUCUAGACGUCUACUACUUCGCCCAGUUGACGCCUACAAACCAUGCUGGUGUCGUCUACGUCGUCUGUAUUGUCAGUCUGACAUAUGCGCUUCUCUGCAGCAGCGUUCGUUUUGUUCUUCGCCGCGGCAUGUACAGCUUCGACGACGCUGCCCUGCUAGUAUCCACUCUUGCAUGUAUAGUCCAGCACACAUUCGUGUUCGUUGCGCUGCACAACGGGUUAGGAAAUUCAUCGAGCAUCCUCCAGCCAGUCCAUCAGCAGAUACUCAACAAUGUAAGCGAUGCUAAUCUGAAAGGUGAAAGACUCAUGAUUGACAAGUUGCAGAGCAGUUACACAAGGCUUGUCUUAUUCUUUGUAGUUAUCUACCUGGCGAAGAUCUCCUUGACACUCUUCACUCGCCGACUGUUCUAUGGUCAAGAACGAUUCAAUCGAGUCAUCUGCGAUGUUAUGCUUGCUGUCAAUCUGGUCUUCUUAGCUGUCAGCAUCCUGCUGAUAUCUAUCGAUUGUCACUCCGGAUGGUACUUCAAAACCAAGGACCUAUGGGUCACAAUCAAGACACUCGACGUCUUGUCUGAGCUAGCUCUCGUGCUUGUUCCGAUCGUACUUAUUUGCAGAAUUCUGUUGAACCCGAAGCACAAAGCAGUCAUUAUCGGCACAUUCGCAGCGAGACUUCCCGUUAUCGCCUUCACCAUACUCCACUUGUACUACCUGGACCAGUCUUUGAACGCCACUCACGAUCGAGGCAUAGCGAUUGUCCAACCAGUCAUCUGGCUCCAAAUCACUUCUCUGUGGAGUAUGGUUACAGCAUCACUUCCGUCUUUUAGACCGCUGGUUUCACCUUUCGAUACUGUGAUGGAAGAUUCACCCGAUCACUCUGACCCAGGUUUAAACGGCGCUGUUCUAAUGGUGGGAUCCGAAAAACAACAGNCAGGAAAGCUCCCUACGACGUUACCCAUCUCUGGUGCGUCCAAGUUAUCUCAGCUUGAGCCAGUGGUGAGCGCCGGGAGUCAACAAGGAAAGUUCAGAGGCUGUAGCGAAACCACUGUCGAAGGACCUAAGAAGAAGCUUUUCCGCAUGUCAAGAAAGGAAGAUGAUAUCGAACUAGGCGUCAUCCAACACAUCACUAACGUUGAUAUCACCUACGAAGAAGCGACAAAGCCUAGCCGCUGGAGUAGGGCCUGGCGUGAAUCAGAAUCUACGAUGGUCGAGGACAUGCCUGUCUUGGUAAGCACGGUAACAAGGCCUGAAGAAACG